AUGGCGGACGCGUCCUCGAGCUCGGGAGACGGCUCCACGAAGAUCACACCAGAGGUUCUGCAAAAGACGCUGGAGUAUUUCAACCUAACCCGCGAAGAGUUCAUCAACACGUACAACAUCCAGCCGCUGGUCUACAUCCCGGAGCUGCCCUACUGCGCCAAGACCACGUUCGUCAUCCUCUACGUGAUCAUCUUCGUCCUGGCGCUCUCAGGAAACAGUUUGGUGAUAUAUAUCAUUCUGAAGAAGCGCGCGAUCCAAACGGCCACUGAUAUCUUCAUCUGCUCUCUGGCCGUGAGCGACCUCCUCAUCACUUUCUUCUGCGUCCCCUUCACGCUGCUGCAGAACAUCUCGUCAGAGUGGUUUGGAGGUGAGACUUUUGUGCAGAAAUAUGUGUUAACCUGUUAG